UUUAUUUUUUGCCCCCACAUUUUUUUCUAGAAUGCUGUCUAUCUGUCCCUACAGUGGAAGUCCGCACACGCCCAUUGAGACGGAGAGUUUUUCAUGAAUCAGCUCUCCAUCAGUCAGUUCAGUUCAGUUCUGCUCUCAGAAGCGGAGCAUCAUGACUCGAGCCGCGCUCAACAUCCUCACCGUUAUCAUUCUCCUUCUGUCCCGAUGCUGCGACGCAAACCGCAAACUCCUGGUGUUUCUGAUCGAUGGCUUCCGUUAUGAUUACAUGGACGAUUUACAAAACUUGGCUGGAUUUAGAGAAAUCGUGGAAAACGGUGUUAAAGUGGAUUACCUGACUCCAGAUUUCCCUAGUCUGUCCUAUCCCAACUACUACUCUCUAAUGACAGGACGCUACUGCGAGGUGCACCAGAUGACUGGAAAUUACAUGUGGGAUAAAGACACCAUGAAAGAGUUCCUGAUUGGAACGAAUCCGGACAGCCGUCUGCCCAUGUGGUGGGACGGAUCAGAGCCGCUGUGGGUCACCAUGCAGAAACUAGGGAAGAGAGUCUACAUGUACUACUGGCCAGGUUGUGAAGUGGCGAUUCGUGGAGUCCGACCUACAUUCUGUGAGGAAUAUGUGUACAACCCUUCAGAGAAGAACCUGACCGACUCCAUGGAGAGCGCUCUGAAUAUGUUGAAAAGCGAUAAAGCAGACAUGGCUGGUAUUUAUUACGAGAAGAUUGAUGUGGAAGGACAUCACUUUGGGCCACAUUCUCCGGAAAUACAGCGCGCCAUUCGCUCACUGGACCAAGCUUUCCAGACCCUCAACCAGAAAAUCAAGGAGAAGAAUAUGAGAGAUGAUAUAAACGUGGUCCUGUUCUCUGAUCACGGCAUGACAGAGCUCCAGUGGAUGGAGAAAGUCAUUGAACUGGACAGCUACAUUGACAUGACGCACAUCAUUAAAAUGAUGGACAGGGGGCCGGUGGUCAGUCUGUGGCCCAAACAGGACAAGUUUGAAGAGAUCUAUCAAAACCUGAGCACAGUGGACAACAUGAAUGUUUAUAAGAAACAAGAGAUCCCAGACCGCUUCCACUACAAGAACGGGAGGUUCGUCUCAACGUUGACGCUCAUUGCAGAGCCUGGAUGGUUUAUCACCGAGAAUAAAGCCAAGCUGCCCUUCUGGAAAAACGGCACCGAGGAGGCAGAGGGCUGGCAACAUGGAUGGCAUGGUUAUGAUAAUGAGUUUAUGGACAUGAGGGGGUUCUUUUUGGCACAGGGACCAGACUUCAAGACGAACUUCCGCGCCGGUCCCUUCCGAACAGUAGAUGUGUAUAAUGUUUUGUGUAAGACACUGGGGAUCGAGCCCCUGCCCAACAAUGGCUCGUGGUCUCGUGUGGAGUGUAUGAUGAGGAGCUCGGCUGGCACUGUACGAGCCGCUCUGAUCUACAGCUGUCUGCUGCCGCUGAUGCUGCUGCCGCUCUAGAGGACUCCCCCAAUGCUUUCACUGCGGGAGCGCACAGAUCAAACACAUAUUUUAUGCCUUGGGGUGUGCCAUGAUGUCGGAUAAGUGCCAAGAAAAACAUUUUUAUAAGCUUUUUGCUGCACUGCCUCUAUUUUUGAGUUGUAAAUAUCAUUCAUUGCUGAUGAAGUAGAAGAAAUUAUGUUGGUGUUAGAUGAACCAAUUUGCACUUUCUCCCUGAAAGAUUUAUAUUUUAGUAAGAUAUGAUCUUCAUUUUGUUAGUGGAUCCAUCUGUUUUCUGUUGUUUUGUGAGUGGUCUAUUUGC